AGAUGAGAAUCCAAUUCAGACAGCAGUGAAAGUCUUCCCUGACUCUCUCUGGGCAGCUUUAGUCCUACUUCGUUCAUCCCUGGUUUCUAAGCCACUGAAAGCAGUCUUCCAGAACAUGGAGGAGGCUGAAGGUAGUCCGGAAGAAACCCAGGACUUUAUGAAAUACUACAGCUCUUUCGGGAUAAGACUUGAGAGAACCUGUAAGAUGAAGUUUCAUGACAGUCGGGAGCUUCCGAGAGGAAACAUGUUGCCAUUGAAGUCUGUGAAGAUCCUCCGUGACUGGCUCUGUGAGCACCAGUUUAACGCCUACCCUACUGUAGCAGACAAACGAAUGCUGUCCAAGAAUACCGAUUUAUCUUACCUGCAGGUAUCCAACUGGUUUGUAAAUAUCCGCAAACACCUUCGCUGGGAAAUUCGUUACAAACCAUACAGCUUGAGUCACGAAGGCCAGGCUGCCAAUGCAGCCCAGAAGCAGCACUCCAAUCCAUCCGAGGAGGUCAAGACACAGUUUAACGAAAACGCCGAUAUGCAGGAUCUGCCCCUGCCAAUACGUCAAGAUUCCGAAGAGAAAGUGCCAUAUCUGGAGUCUUCUCCAAACCAGAAGGUUAUCGCUGAAGACAACAUAGAGAAAGAAGAGAAGAUUUCAAUCACUGAGCCUUGGUCUUCUCCUGAAGUUGCAUGGCCAGAGGAAAAGCCUGAUUUUAGCAGCUUCUACAUGUUGGUUGAUGUUGCUGUACAGAAGGCAAAAGAAAUGGAGGAGCAGAAGAAGCAAAACCCCAACCCACAGGGUCCCCAACAACAGUUCAUGUAGCCAGUUCUUUGAACUCUGGGAGGUUCAUUUAUACUCAACCUGAUUAGCUUGUAAUGCCGUCUUCUGCUCCAUAUUAUUCUCCUUUAGAAGUCUUUUCCAUCAAUGUUUUCUGAAGAAAGUUACUAUCCAUGAUAUUCAACUUUAACAAAUUGCUAACUUUAUUCUCCUCCCCUGGACUUUAGCCCUAUAUAUUUAUUAUUAAACAUCAUGCAAGCUACAGA